UGAGGGUGGGGACACAAGCCCUCAAUGUAGUAGUUAAGAAAGGGAGCGGGGGGGAAUGAGUGAGGGAGAAGUGAGUGAGAGUGUGAGAGAAAGGCAUCCCUCUAAUUCCUCAAGAGGGGCUCUUGUAUCAAACGUAGUCAGUGUGAGAAUAGGAGGAGAAGGCGGGACGGACUGAAGGAGGGACGUACAGAGGUCUGGGCCACUUCUAAAGAGCUGAGACCCAAAACGCUGAGGCUGGAGUGGUCGACUGCAGUCAGGGAGAGAACAUCAGGUGAAAGGACGAAGCACUUCAAUCUGAGAAAUAGGGGAGGGGGACCGACACUGACUUAUCCCUGACGGACCGACGACCCUGUACAGUGCAGAGAGGAAACAGCAAGCGAUUACGUCUACAGGAGGUCAGCAUACCACUGCUACACGAGCUGGUCACAACUUCUUUAAGAAGAGUGUGAAGGAAUCUGAACUGAUACAGAGGGAAAAGCCAAAGCCAAAACGCAGGGGAGAUUUGAGGAAAGGCAGGAGAGAGAGAACAUUUAAAGCUUGUCCACCUGUUUGAAUAAGUGGAGAAAGAGAUUCUUUCACUGGAACUUCAAGGAGAAGAGAGAAGAAGAGAAGGAGAAGAGAAGAGAAGGAGAAAGAGAAGAAGAAAGAGAAGAGAAGGAGAAGAGAAGAGAAGAAGAAGAAAAAAGAGAAGGAGAAGAGAGAAGAAGAGAAAGAGAAGAGAAGAGAGAAGAAGAGAAGGAGAAAGAGAAAGAGAAGAAGAGAGAAGAAGAAGAGAAGUGAGAAGAAGAAGAGAAGAGAGAAGAAGAGAAGAGAGAAGAAGAGAAAGAGAAGAGAAGGAAAAGAAGAGAAAGAGAAGAGAAGGAGAAGAGUGAGGAAGAGAGAGAGGCUCUACCAGGCUGCACAUCAAUUUGACCAUGAGUGUGAGCGGUACACUGGAGAAGGGGGCCCACCACCAGGCUCUGGAGCUCUCCGAGGAGCUCUCUCCCCUCAACCACCACCACCUCCAGCACUCCAACUCUCUGGCCUCCAGCGCUCCUGUGGGGACCCCCUCCGGCGUGGUGGUGCCCCCCCCGUACUCUGCAGCUGAGAGUGGGGGAGGUGGUAGCGACGCUCCCCUGGAGCUCCGAGGCUCUCUGGACUGCUGGGCGUGCUCGGUGCUGGUGACGGCCCAGAACCUGGUCAUCGCUGGGAUCAACGCCUGCCUGGCCGGACUGGUGUUCGGACUCAUCCUCACCCCCGCCAUCGCCAUGGUGGUGUUCGGGUUCCUCUGUCAUUCUACGGUGCGCCCUCAUGGGACGUCCCGCUACUGCGCGGACCUGCUGAAUGACGGUGGCUGUGUGGCCCUCCUGGUUGUGGGUUUCCUCCUGGUCACACCCCUCCUGGUCCUGGCUCUGGCCGCCUACUGCCGCCUGGCCCGCCACCUCCAGCUGGGGCUCUGCUUUAUACCAUACUCCAGGGCCAUCUACAAGAACCUGCCCGCCACACAGCACCCUGGCCUGGGAGGGGGCUGCUGUGGAGGCAGUGGCGCUGGAGGGGAGGGAGGAGGGAAGGGUAAGGUCUGGGUGUGAGGGGGAGGGAGAGGGAGAGGGUGGGGAGAGGGAGCGACGUAAAGGAAGGUAGUGUCAAGAUCUAUGUACAAGGGGAGGGAGCGAGGAUGAGCGAGAGAGACACAGAAAGAGGAAGAGAGAGAGGGAGAGAGGAAGAAAUGAGGGAAGAAUGGCGUUAGAGAAGGGAGGAGGAGGAGGAGGAGAAAGAGAAGGACAACCACAGCAGCCAAAGUUUAAAGAACAAAGUCAUCCAUUCCUCUGGAGUUCAACCCAAGUAACCUCCUUCACACUACCACCUUUUAUACAACCAAUUUCAUGUAAAAGUUACCCGUCAACAUGUCUGGUUUACUGUGAGAAAACGUUAUAGCAGACCAAAAAGGAGCAGGAUUGUUGACACUGUUCUAGAGUUAGAGGGCAAGAUGGAGAACAAGUAAUCAACAGCAAACGUCUCAACCACACGGCAGGCAAAAUGUUGUUUCUCCAGUGGAACACUGGACAUUGUAUUAAAGGACAUAAUAUCACUGCCAUGUGUUGACAUCAAAUAUAUUAUUAACAUUGGUUCAACACAGUAUCUUUAAGCAUUUAUCCACCAUGUAGAGUUUCGUACAUUUAGUUGACUAUGGUUAAUGACUGCUACUGUUUCUUGUGUAUUUCCUUUUUUCAAAUAUAGUCUAUUUGGAAUCA